CUCUCUCUAUCUUCGUCAAUGCUAUGUGCUCAACACUCGAUACUGUGUGUCAAUGUUGCACCAAAGCUUUUUUUUUUGCAGGCAUGCCGGAAGGUGCACACACACACACACACACAAACACAAAAAAAGCUUCCACCUUUUCUCUUUCCAUCUUUUUCUCUUCCUCUUUUCUCUUUCCUCUUUAUGCAUAUUCAAACUACUUGGGGCGCAAUACAAAAGAAGGACAACAAAAUUAACCAAUACAACCUCUCGCUACCUUUCACCCCAACUCUCCAACGUCCCUGAGCGGCGAUGAGCAGCAAUAACAACAACCACAACCACAACAAGUACAAUGCCAUCUCUCUACCCGUCCCGAGCACUUAUCAUUACCAAUCUUCGGAGACCAUACAGCGUUACGGUUCGGGUCAUGACCUUGACGUCUUUGGCAUUGCAGUAGACCGCUGCAGCAUCGCGAAACAAAUGAUAUUCGUGCGCAAGUCAUUCUGCAUCACGACGGUGCAGUUCGUUGCCAUGGGGUCCUUAGCAACACUCCUAGUUCGUAUCGACCCUAUAUUUCACUGGUUACAAAGAAGCAAAUACGCUUGGUGGAUGCCAUUAAUUCCUACAUUUCUGGUAGCGUUUAUCCUGGCAUGGCAGCUAUGGAUGCGAUACUUUCAGCUCUCACACACGGGUCGAGUCAGUUUACUUUUCGUUUUUUCGCUACUUAUCGCGGCGAUCGUGUCUGAUAUUGGUUCGUAUUCCGGGUUGUUUGGUUGUGACGUGUCUAAAUUAUGUUAUGUUGAUGGCAUCCUCGUUAUCUUUAUGACCAUCUUCGGUCUAUGUGGUGUCCUGCUCUACACUUUUCAAUCACAAUACAGCUUUUCAGGCACCAAGCCUAUUCUUGUUAGUGCAGUGAUGAUCUGCAUUAGUUCACCAUGGUUACGGCGUGUGUACGACAUGGACCCUAUCACGAUUUUGCUCCCAAUGCUACUAUCAUUGCUCCUUUGUGGAUACCUCGUGAUGGAGCUAUAUUACAUCAUGGGGAACGUUACCGUCGACGACUUUAUCCUGGCGAAUAUCUCGGCCUACAUUGAUCUUUUAUACCCAAUGCGAUGCUUACAUAACCUGUGCGAAUUGACCGAUCAUGUCGACAUGUUUCCGGAACUUCUGCAUCCGGGUCCAGAUCACUAACCAAACAAACGAUACCCGUCUCUUCUUUUUCAUUACACACAAACACACUCGUUUACUUAUUCCAAAAAGACCCUUUUCCCUGCCCCCUGCCUACACCACAAAAAAGAAAAGUUUUUAUAUUUUCCAUCAUCAUCUACUACAUAUAUUACCCAUCCUUUUAUAUAUCUAAAGACCUAUACGACUGAUGAUAUCACCCAGUAUAUAUUCCUCUCUCUCUAUUUUUUGUUUUGUUUAGAGUAAAAUCACACAUUUCUUAGAACCACACAGAAAA